UUUAACAGAUAAAAAACCACGCGAUCUCUCUAAAUUCGCAAUUUCCAUCGUCAAACUUAGACCUUUAUUCGCUGUCUGUCUGAGAAUUUGACGCUUCUUCAAGCUCCUUUCCAAGCCCCCAAAUUUUCGAUCUCCGCGGACCAGAAUCCAUCGAAACCCCAGAAAUGAUCCGAUUCAUAUUGUUACAGAACAGGCAGGGAAAGACUCGAUUGGCCAAAUACUACAUCCCUCUCGAGGAAUCCGAGAAGCAUAAGGUCGAGUAUGAGGUUCAUCGAUUGGUUGUUAAUCGGGAUCCCAAAUUCACUAAUUUUGUGGAGUUCCGCACACACAAGGUCAUCUAUAGGCGAUAUGCUGGUUUGUUUUUCUCCCUCUGCGUGGAUAUUACGGAUAAUGAAUUAGCUUAUCUGGAGUCCAUUCACUUAUUUGUGGAGAUACUGGAUCAUUUUUUCAGCAAUGUGUGUGAGCUUGAUCUCGUGUUUAAUUUCCACAAGGUGUAUCUGAUAUUAGAUGAGUUCAUACUUGCUGGAGAACUUCAAGAAACAAGCAAGAAGGCGAUCAUCGAGAGGAUGGGAGAACUGGAAAAACAGGAGUAAGGAGAAAUGGCAUUGGAGAGGGAUCCAUCGGGUGAUUGUAAGCUUAUAGAACUGGAUUGUUUUGUAUUUCUCUUAAUACGACGCCAUUCAUUCUUCUUAAGUUGUAGAUUGUUGUUUUGUAAAGAUGGUUUGUGUUUGCUUCGAGAUUUUAGUACACUCAGGAGAUUUACAGCUCUCAAUGGAAUUCUUUUUCGGUAUUUAUGAACAUUCCAAACAUCUUCCAACAUGAAA